UUUUAUCACGUAGUUUCUGGGGGCUUUCCAGGUAAACGUCCUCUUUGAUACGUUAGUCACAAAGGUUAGGUUGCAGAGUUGACUCAGCCUUUGUUCUCCCACGUGCACUGUGCCCACGGCUCCCUCUAGCCGUCACAGCUCCCGGCGCCCGGCACUCUCUCCUAGUCCGUCCAGGUCCUCGGUCGGCGGCGGGAAAGGGAUUGCGCAAGCGCGGGGGCUGCCGACGUGGCCGCGGGAGACCCUAGGCGAGGGUCCGCGCUGAGCCGCAUCGCCCCCGCUCCUUUGCUCGCCGCCAGAGACUUUUACGGUGACUCCAGGGCUCGAAGCGGACAGACGUCUCCCCAGACAGCAUUUGGAAAAAAUGGAGCAAGAGCCACAAAAUGGAGAACCUGCUGAAAUUAAGAUGAUCAAGGAAGCGUACAAGAAGGCCUUUUUAUUUGUUAAUAAAGGACUGAAUACAGAUGAAUUAGGUCAGAAGGAAGAAGCAAAGAACUACUAUAAGCAAGGAAUAGGACACUUGCUCAGAGGAAUCAGCAUUUCAUCAACAGAGCCUGAACACGUAGGCCCUGGGUGGGAAUCUGCUAGACAGAUGCAGCAGAAAAUGAAAGAAACACUACAGAAUGUACGCACCAGGUUGGAAAUUCUAGAGAAAGGUCUUGCCACUUCUCUACGGAAUGAUCUUCAGGAGGUGCCCAAGUUAUAUCCAGAAUUUCCACCUAAAGAUACUCCUGAAAAGUCACCAGAGCCUCAGCCCUUUAGUUUACCUCCUCCGCACAGUGAAGAAUAUGGAAGCACUCCAGCUACAAGUUCAGGGUUGGUUCCCACACCUAGUUCUUUAUCCUUACCAUCUCAAAGGCAUCCAGCAGAAGCACCUCCUGCUUAUACUCCUCAGGCUGCUGAGGGUCACUACACCGUAUCCUAUGGGACAGAAUCUGGGGAAUUUUCAUCAGUUGGAGAAGACUUUUAUAGGAAUCAUUCUCAGCCACCUCCUCUUGAGACCUUAGGGCUAGAUGCAGAUGAGUUGAUUUUGAUACCAAAUGGAGUACAGAUUUUUUUUGUAAAUCCUGCAGGGGAGGUUAGUGCACCUUCAUAUCCUGGGUACCUUCGAAUUGUGAGGUUCUUGGAUAAUUCUCUUGAUACAGUUCUAAACCGUCCUCCUGGGUUUCUUCAGGUUUGUGACUGGUUGUAUCCUCUAGUUCCUGAUAGAUCUCCAGUUCUUAAAUGUACUGUGGGAGCCUACAUGUUUCCUGAUACUAUGUUACAAGCAUCGGGAUGCUUUGUCGGGGUGGUCCUGUCUUCUGAAUUACCGGAAGAUGAUAGAGAACUCUUCGAGGAUCUGUUAAGACAAAUGUCUGACCUUCGGCUUCAGGCCAACUGGAUCCGGGCAGAAGGAGAAAAUGAAUUCCAAAUCCCUGGAAGAGCAAGAUGUCCCUCUGACCAAUUGAAGGAAGCCAGUGGCAGUGGUACUUCAUUGGACCAAGGCAAUAAGGAUGUGCGUCCUAAAGGAAAACGGGGGAAAAAGGCUAAAGAUACUUCAAGUGAAGAAGUUAAUUUGAGUCACAUUGUACCCUGUGAGCCAGUUUCAGAAGAAAAAACAAAGGAAUUACCUGAAUGGAGUGAGAAAGUGGCUCAAAACAUUUUGUCAGGUGCUUCCUGGGUGAGUUGGGGUUUAGUCAAAGGUGCUGAAUUUACUGGCAAAGCAAUCCAGAAAGGUGCUUCUAAACUUCGAGAACGGAUUCAACCAGAAGAAAAACCAGUGGAAGUUAGUCCAGCUGUGACCAAGGGACUGCAUAUAGCAAAGCAGGCUACUGGAGGAGCAGUGAAAGUCAGUCAGUUCCUAGUUGAUGGAGUUUGCACUGUAGCAAAUUGUGUUGGAAAGGAACUAGCUCCACAUGUCAAGAAGCAUGGAAGCAAACUUGUUCCAGAAUCUCUUAAAAAAGACAGAAACGGAAAGUCUACCCUGGAUGGUGCUAUGGUCGUAGCAGCAAGUAGUGUUCAAGGAUUUUCAACUGUCUGGCAGGGAUUGGAAUGUGCAGCUAAAUGCAUUGUUAACAAUGUUUCAGCAGAAACUGUACAGACUGUCAGAUACAAAUAUGGGCACACUGCGGGGGAAGCUACACAUGAUGCAGUAGAUUCUGCCAUCAAUGUUGGUGUAACCGCCUAUAAUAUCGACAACAUUGGUAUCAAAGCAAUGGUGAAGAAAACUGCAAAACAAACAGGACACACACUCCUUGAGGACUAUAAAAUAAUUGAUAGUUCCAAGGGGAAAAAUCAAGAAGAAAGGGCAAAGGUAAAUAUGAAAGAGGAGAAGGAUGAGCAGGCAGAGGAACUAAAGAAGAAUGAGGCAAAGAAGAAAGAUAAAUGAUGGAAGUGCUGUAAAUCACCUAUACCAAAGCCUUACAAAAUGGAUGCAGGUUUGCUAAAUAGGGAAAUGUGGAAUUCGCAACAGAUAAACCAGUAUUUUAAAAAUGUGUUCAUUCCUACAACAUGACUGUUUCAUAAGCUUUAUGGCAUAUAUCUACUUACAAGGAGAAGAAUCAGUAUUCUUGCAUCUGACCUUUAGAAAUACACAGUUAUAUUCUCAGUAAGUUUAUUUUUUUCAAAAUGUGGCUAAAAUAUUUUUGCAAUUAAAAUAAGACUAAUAAUACAUGUGCUAUAAACUUCAUUAAACCUAAUGUUAAACUAUUUUUGUAUUUGUUGUCUUUGAGAAAGCAAAGUAGGAAAUUAUUGUAUAUUUACAUAAAAUUUGGCAUUUAGUAACCUUAGUUCUAUUUUUUCUGGGAAGGAAUGACUUAAAAUACUAUCUCUUCUUUUUGCACUAAUUGUGGAUUUUUUUUUUAGGUGCUUGUCAGAAUUUUCAGUGUGUAAGCUAAAAAAAAAAUGUAAUCCUAAACUGAAAGAAUUCUCAGAUAACAUUUAAAAGACUUUCAAAACAGGGGAAUAGACUAAUCAUGAAAAAUUAAGCAAGGUUCUAGAAAAGUAUUUGGUAGCUUACCUCUUUGUUAGGAAAUGGGAUGGCGCUUUUUAUUUUAAAUGAAUACAAAUAGAUUUUUAAGUCUUCUGGAUUUAGACUGGUAUUUGAUCUCUUAAGAGGCUAGGAAAUUUGGGGAUAUGACUGAUAUUGUAUUAAAAUUUGAAGUGAUUAUUAUCAGCUUAAUUGGACAAAAAAGUACUUCAAGAAAUCGUUUUACCAGAUCUGCUUCUGUAAGUCUUUACAAAAGACUAAAAUUUUGUAAAAACUAAACUAUAAAUGGAAUUCAGCUUAUGGAUAGGAAAUAUAUUUUUAUUUUGAGAUUCACUCAUUGGAAUUUUUUAUAUGAAAAAGCCAAUGAAGUAAGUUAUUAAAAAGAAAAGUUUCUAUUCAUAAUCAAAUUAAAGAAUGUGAAGACUUUAGCCUUAAUCCAUGGUGACUGGGCAUAACAGUUUCCACUUAGGCAGAAGACAGGACAUUUACAGACCUAUAAGCUACAAAUACAUAAGUAAAUACCAAUGGCAUUUUAUUUCUGUUUAAUGGUUUUAAAAUAUCGGUUUUCAUAGCUAUUGUCCAUUCUAAUAUUUCUGAACUUCUAUUGGCUACUUAGUUUAUUGGACUUUAUUUCAAACUGUCUAACAGAGUGUACUUUGUGAAUAAACUGUCUCGGAAUUACUUGGCCUCAGAUGUAUUCACAGGCUUGUACUUUGGGAACACAGAGAAUUGAUGGAACCUUCCCAUAAGGCCUAGGAUAAUGUACUAGUUGUUAAAAUGGAAAUAAAAUUGAAUUGGUAAAGA